CCCUGCCUGCCUGCCUUCCCGCCUGCCUGUCGGUCUGCCCGGGGACACCACCAGUCAGAGGCCCGCGGGCCGGGCGGGCGGAGGAGCGUCGUCGUCGUCGGCCAUGGACCAGUGCGUGACGGUGGAGCGGGAGCUGGAGAAGGUGCUGCAGAAGUUCUCGGGCUACGGGCAGCUGUGCGAGCGGAGCCUGGAGGAGCUGAUCCAGUACGUGGCCGGCCUGCGCCGCGAGAUCCUCCAGAGCGAGAAUCAAGAUGGGGAUCUCUCCGGGACAAUAUCACUUGUUAUGACCCAGUGUUGCAAACGAAUAAAAGACACUGUUCAGAAAUUGGCCUCAGAUCAUAAGGACAUUCACAGUAGCGUUUCCAGAGUUGGAAAAGCAAUUGACAAGAAUUUUGACUCUGACAUCAGCAGUGUGGGGAUUGAUGGAUGUUGGCAGGCUGACAGCCAGCGAAUUCUGAACGAGGUGAUGGUUGAACACUUUUUCCGACAAGGCAUGCUAGACGUAGCUGAAGAGCUUUGUCAGGAGUCUGGACUUUCAAUAGAUCAAAGUCAAAAAGAACCAUUUGUGGAGCUUAACCGAAUAUUGGAAGCACUUAAAGUUAAAGUUUUGCGACCAGCACUAGAGUGGGCUGUUUCAAACAGAGAAAUGCUGAUGGCACAGAAUAGCUCUUUAGAAUUUAAACUGCACAGGCUAUAUUUUAUUAGUUUAUUAAUGGACGGAACUGCAAACCAGAGGGAAGCACUGCAGUACGCUAAAAACUUUCAGCCAUUUGCUCUAAACCAUCAGAAAGAUAUUCAGAUUUUGAUGGGAAGUCUAGUCUACCUGAGGCAGGGAAUUGAAAAUUCACCGUAUGUCCAUUUGCUGGAUGCAAACCAGUGGGCAGACAUCUGUGACAUCUUCACGAGGGAUGCCUGUGCCCUGCUGGGACUCUCUGUUGAAUCGCCUCUAAGCGUCAGCUUUUCAGCAGGCUGUGUAGCGCUGCCUGCCCUGAUUAAUAUCAAAGCUGUGAUUGAACAGAGACAGUGCACUGGUGUUUGGAAUCAGAAAGAUGAAUUACCGAUUGAAGUUGACCUUGGUAAAAAGUGCUGGUAUCAUUCAAUAUUUGCUUGCCCCAUCCUUCGUCAGCAAACAACAGAUAAUAACCCACCUAUGAAGUUGGUUUGUGGUCAUAUUAUAUCAAGAGAUGCUCUGAAUAAAAUGUUUAAUGGUAGCAAAUUAAAAUGCCCCUAUUGUCCCAUGGAGCAGAGUCCAGGAGAUGCCAAACAGAUAUUCUUCUGAGGACAAGAUUCACUGUGUAGCUCAAAUCAGAUACUGACUUACAAGUUUGCUUUGGAAGACUGCAGCAGGCAAACGUUCCAUCUGCACAGCAUAAAAUGGAAUGUUCCCUAUGUUUGUUUAAGCCUAAUGCUCCAGAAUUUUUUUGCCCACACUUACUGUAUGUGUAUGAUUGGAAAAAUUGCUGAAGUAAUAUCUAUCCUAGGGCUUUUACUCUAACCUUGGUCUCCAUAGCUGAUCAAGAGACUACACCAGCAGUUGUCAUUCAAUGCAGACUUUUGUACUUAACCCUGUGGUGACUUCACUUUUUAAAGCAGACGGCAAACAACCUCCAUGUAGGUCUAAUAUUUGUCCUGCUUUAAUUUUAUUGCCUUGAUUGAUAAAUGUCUUCAUAAAGAAUGUGUGGGAAAAGUUUUAUUUCCUUAGUAUGUAUAUUAUUAAGAGAACUUCAGGAAAAAGUUUAAUAAGUUGAAUAAUAAUUACAAAAGUAUUUGUAUUUCUGUUCAUAUUUUGCAACCCAAAGCUGUACUAGUCCAGGGAUCUUUUCUUUUGAACAUUUUUUUUCAGCUUUUAAACAGAACUCCAGUUUAAUGUGCUGAUAAGUAAAUGACAUAAAUAUGUAACACAGAGUUUAAAACCAUUUCUAAUUCAGUAAGAUAGCAAGUGAAUAAAGACUUGGGGAUCCUAUUCAGUUGAUUUCCUGAUCAAGAAGAGCUCUUUGUGUGGUUGAGAGUGUUCCAGUAGAAUAUGGAGCUCUGGAGAUGGGGCAGAAGGGACUUUUGUCAAUGGACCCUUGACGCUCUGGCCACCUUAGUCUCGUAUUGCUGUACAGUUUACUAGUUAUGUUAUUUAUAAAGUUAUUGG